AUGGAGAAUGAAUCUGACGCAGCAGUCCGACAUGCGCUGCGAGGUCCAGGGCCCGGGACAAAGGCAGAGGCCGGUGCCGUGGGCGCCGAGCACUUGGUCGCCGCGCUGCGGCGCGGCCAGCAGGCGGUGGACGCGGAGCACCGCGUCGCCACCUCCGCCUGGCGGGCGCCGCUGUCUCUGUUUGACGAGACAGCCCAGAAGCGCGCGGCUGAGCGGGGAGUUCCUGAGUGGGCCAUCCUCACUGUGUUGAAGGCGCGACGACUGGUGGAGGAGGCGACGGGCUCCGGGGACCUCACUGAGGUGUACCAGGCGCAGAUCCUCACCGCCCAGCGGGAGAAGCGGAAGGUGCUGCGGGCGCCGCUGCCGGGAGUGCACCAGCGAAGGGUCUUCCCCUUCAACCCUUCAAGAGGGCCUUCCCCUGCAGACAGCCGAUUGUCCACGCCGGCGAUUUCAGUGCAAACAGAGCGGCACCGAUCUCUUCGCGGGAACCGACCCCAUGUGCUGACAACGCACGGCGUAGAGUUCAUCGCGGAGCCGGGCCCUGCUGUGCACCCUGCGGGGGCUCGGUCCUCCUCGUCGUUGUCGCGCUCGCAGCUGGGGACCACCGGCACAGUGCGGGGGGACGGCCUGGACAAGAGCCACAAGGGUCACAAGUACGAUGCCGCCCACAUGUUUGGCCACCACGACAUUCGCAACAAUGUCAACCCCUUCCUAGCUCACUAUCGAGUACCAAAGUGGGAGACCACCAGUACAAUGUAUGGUGAGCACUACCGUCAUCCUGAGCAGACAUACACGAGACCGAUGAAGAAUCGCAUGCCGGUCUUUCACAUCAAUCUAUAA